AUGUCUGGUGAUAAGCUCAUCGUCGUUAUUGGCGCUACCGGAAACCAGGGUGGUUCCGUUGCCCGUCGGUUCCUAGACGCCGGCUUCCGGGUCCGGGGACUGACCCGCAACACGGCCUCGGCUUCGGCUGAGAAGCUUUCCGCGACCGGUGCCGAGGUUAUCGCCGCAGACCUCAACGACGUCACUACCCUCAAGGAGGCCUUUCGCGGAGCCAAUGUCAUUUUCAGUGUUACAAACUACUGGGAACCCUUCUUCCGACCUGAUUGUCGAGAGCAGGCCGAGAAGGAGGGCAUCUCUUGUCGAAAGUUUGCUUACAAUGUUGAGUAUCAGCACGGUAAGAACAUUGCCGAUGCUGCAGCUACUGUGGUCGACUCUCUCGAUAACAAUGGAUUCUUGGUUUCGACUCUGAGUCAGGCAGAGAAGUGUAGCGGUGGCAAGUUCAAGGACCUCUAUCACUUUGAUGGCAAGGCCGAUAUCUUCCCCGCGUACGUUGAGGCCAACUAUCCAGAGCUAGCUGCCAAGAUGUCUUGCAUUCACACAGGCUACUUUUUCACGAGUUUCAAUAUUCUUCCCAACUCGUAUUUUGGCAAGCAACCUGAUGGAAGUUUCGAGAUGGCCUUUACAACUGCCCCAGACAAGCCAGCUCCUCAUUUCGAUCCAGUCGGAGACAUGGGCAACUUCACCUACGCGGUGUAUCAGAUGCCGCCGGGCAAGGCCUACAUGGCCGAGGGCACAACCUGCACUUGGCCAGAAUGGAUCGAAACCUGGUCGCGCAUCACAGGCGCUAAAGUAAGCUAUCGCCAGGUUACGCCGGAGGAGAUGGUGUCUGCCACUCCCGACAGGGAGGCAGGAAUUGAGGUCGCCCUGAUGUUCAGCUAUACGUCUGAUCCGGGAUACGACGGUGCAAUGGAUCUAUUGACGGCCAAGGACCUUCAAAAGGCUGGCAUUGACUGUCCGAUGACUUCUUGGGAGGAAUGGGCCAAGAGACACGGCUGGUCAGCAAUCCUAAGCAAACAAGCUUGA